AUGACGAGAGAGAGGCAGGAGGUGGGCUGUAAUAUUGGCGUUGUGGUUCCAGGUGGCCAUGUGCAUGUCAUGACUGGUCUGGCACUGCCAAUGGUCAGUGCUGGUAAUAAGUUGCCACCGACAUGCAGCAUCUGCAAUGCCCUGGCAGCUCAGGUCGAGCACAGUCUGGUGCUGCUGUCUUUGAACAUGGAGCCUGCUGCUGCCCCACCAGACCAGACCAUAUCAACCAGCACAGACGACAUGGCGUAUUGA